CUCACUCAGAUAAUUUGGAUCAUCAGCCUGGUUACAUUCGGAGCAGAGAUGGCGCGGUCCAAGGCCAGGGUGUACACUUGUUGCGCGCUGCUGCUGCUGCUUGUCUUCGCUGUCAUCGUGGCCAUAGCUGUGGCUGUGAGGCGCAGAUGCCCCAGUGGCUCUUUCUCCAAAGCUGCCGUCGCUGCAGACACUAAGACAUGCUCAGAGGUUGGAAGAGACAUGCUGCAGCGCGGCGGCUCGGCGGUAGAUGGCGCCAUUGCUGCGCUUCUGUGCACCAGUAUCAUGAACCCGCAGAGCGCGGGGCUCGGAGGGGGCUCCAUUUUCACAGUGAUGGACAGCUCAGGUAAUGUGAAGAUCAUCAACUCCAGGGAGACUGCCCCAUCCAAGGUGGACCCCCACCUGUUGAAGUCCUGCUCCCAGAGCUUCAACCUGACGUCAGGAAGCAAGUGGAUCGGCGUUCCAGGGGAAAUUCGAGGCUAUGAAUUGGUUCACCGUCGAUACGGAAAACUGCCGUGGGCCGAACUCUUCCAGCCGACCAUCAAGCUGGCCAGAGAAGGAUUUCCUAUUCCUCCAGUUCAGGGCUUGUUUAUCUCAUUCAUUGAUCAAAAACAGACGCCGCCUCUAUGGAAGGCAUUUACAGAUGAAAAAGGAAACCUGCUCAAGACUGGAGACAUCGUUAAAUUUGAGAAACUGGCCGACACUUUGGAGACGAUUGCAAACGUUGGAGCAGAAGCCUUUUACUCUGGAAGGAUAGCAGAGGAUUUGGUCAGAGACGUGCAGGAGGCAGGAGGAGUCCUCACACUGGAGGACUUGGCAUCAUAUAAGGUUAAAGUGACUGAUGCGUGGGUCGUCCCUAUGGGGGACUACCAGAUGUACAUACCCCCUCCCCCCUCAGGAGGAGCACUCCUCAGCCUCGUCCUCAACAUCAUGAAAGGGUAUCAUAUGGAUUCAGCUCCUCAGUCUGCUGAUCAAAAGACCAGGUUUUAUCAUCGCUACGUUGAAGCUUUUAAAUUUGCCAAUGGACUGAAGAAACACAUUGGGGAUCCAAACUUUAUAUCAAAUAAGACAGCAAUGAAAAUGAUAGAAGCUGAUUUUGCAGACCAUAUACGGACUCUGAUCAGCAGCAACAGGACACACGACCCCCAGUAUUACAGCCUGACUCCUUAUCUGGACAGCUUGGGUACCACUCACUUAUCUGUACUGGCUGAAGAUGGAUCGGCCGUCGCUGUCACCAGCACCAUCAACCACAUAUUUGGCUCCAAAGUCUACUCUUCAAGAACUGGAAUCGUUCUAAACAACGAGCUGUCAGACUUUUGUAAAAGGACCGAUGAGAUCUUCCCUGCUCCUGUUGUGUUUGUUGACUCUGAAAAUACACUGAAGUUCGAACCCAAAUUUGAUAAGGAUAUAAUUAAGGAGCUCAAAGCGUUGGGGCACAAUCAGAAAGAAGCGACCCGAUUCUACAAUGUGGUUAAUGUAGUUGAGAAAAAGGAUGGCUGCGUCUGCGCUGUGUCUGACCAGAGGAAGAAGGGAGAAGCAGCUGGUUACUGACACCUCUGCUCGGGAUUUUCCUGAAAUUGAUCCAGAUCUUCUUGCAGCAGGAAGUGUCCAUUGUUGCUCAUCACUGAACGAAACGUGGAAAAACAGGUUUAAUUUACUGAGCUGUCUUGCACUAACAUGUCUGCCUGUUGACACAGACUGUUACAUGCUGAUACCAAGGAGAAAGACUCUUUUUAUCACUGCGGGUUUGUACGCGUUUUUUAUUCAAGCCAGUCUUGAACAUUGUUGCCGUUAAUUUUUAUUUUUUUUUAUAUAAAACUAGGGCUGAUAAAUACUUACUUACACAACUUGAGUCUGAAUGUUGGCUGCAGUUUAUUCUUUUAGUCAGAAUCUUUUGAAUUAUGUGAAUUUUCAAUAUGAGCCUUUGUUGUAAUUUUAGUAUGAAAUGUAAUUUUUUUUGCAGGGUUAAUGUAUAUAAACAAAGCUUAGACACAAUUCUAUGAACACAUUUGCAUAUUAUUAUGAAAUAUGUUAUGGCUCCCUGGAAAAAAAAGAGAAUAAAUGCUUUCCUGCUGCCUGGGCGUGCUGCCAUUGAGCGGCGCCCAGGGAGCAGCGUUGGGUUAACAAUUUAUAGGGAAAGUUAGCGUUUCUGAUCACUUGCAUACCCCUUUCAAAUGGAGUCCCCCACCAUCCCUCAGUGAGGUCUAGAAGAACAAGAUCUAUAUCCAGCCAUUGGGCA